GUCAUCGUUGCGGGCGAGACGGAGAAGCUGCUGCAACUCGCCAGGGACCCGAAGCGCCAUGAAGGUCACCCUUGUGCAGGUUCUCGCUGUGACCUUGACCCUGCCUGGAGCGUCUCCGGACUGCGACCCAUCCCUGCCUGCUGCCCUCUCAACGAUGCGGUGCUGGCUGAGCUGAAGCGGUCGCAGGAGCAGUGCUUCGAAAAUGACAGCCAUCUGACCAACAUCUUCACUGCUAUGCAAGAUAUGAAACGAGCAACGGAGACCAUAGCUGAGCAGCUGGCGGCCAUGUCUCAGAAGAUUGAUAGCAUAGAGAGAAGAAUCGAAAUGUUAGAGACAAAGAACGUAAACCUUGCAGAAAAUCUGACCAUGAUGAUUACAGAUGUCGACGAGUGCGCAGCUGGCUCCCACUACUGCCAUCACAGCGCCACAUGCAGUAACACCGCCGGCAGCUAUGUGUGCGUUUGCAAUGAAGGUUUCGAAGGAGACGGAGUGAGAUGCUACGAGACCGAUGAGUGUGUUCUCGGGGCACACAACUGCGACGCAAAUGCACUGUGUAUCAACACGGUGGGGAGCUAUAGGUGCGCCUGCAACCGCGGCUUUGUAGGGGACGGAAACAACUGCACAGAUGUUAACGAGUGUGCGAGCAGGAGCGACCUCUGUGCCCCUGGGGUAACCUGCGUCAACACACCGGGGAGUUACCGGUGUACGUGUGAGGAUUGUGAAGCUCGUCUUCUGGAUCCCUUCUGCCCCGCUCCCUUCCGUCGCGUCGGGGAUGAGUGCUUCCACGUCCUGAAGGAUCUCCACAGCUGGCACACUGCGGCCGAGGAGUGCAGGAGGUUUGGGAAGCGACACGGCAUCGCGCGGCCCGUGAGCGCUGCUGAACCUCAGGACAUCCGGGCACUUCAGACCACGAUACUGAACAGGUCUCUCCGCGGGGCGUGGCUAGGUGCCCGCUGGGACGCCGGGUCGCGGGACUGGCGGUGGGGGUCCGGUGCCAAGGUGGAGGGGGAUGCCACGGCACUCCUGUACAGCGCGGGGGGGAGCGGGAGGCACGCCGAGUUCUGCAUGGCGUGCACGAAGCAUCGGUGCCCGUCGCCUCAGCACUGCUAUGAUUUCCUGUCCGUUGUGUGCGAGGUGGGGUAGGGG